AUGCCUCGAAAGCGAGGUUAUAAAGCUUGGUCACGUUUAUUUCCGUCCCGUUUUCACGCCGAAUAUCCCUCCAAUUCAGAACAAAUCAUGAGCGUUCAGAACCAAGCUGGUGCCCUCCCGGGCGUGUUUUUCGCUGGUGGUGGCGGCCGCGGUGGCGGUGGUGGUAAUCGUGGUGGGGGGUGUUGUCGCCUGCUUUGUCACUAUUGCGGCCGUUAUGGCCAUGCAAAGGCUGACUGCCAGAAAUGGCAGAGGUUGAAAGCCCUGCAGGCAUCCGUGGAGGAAUUGCUCCUCCACUACAAUACUCUUGCGGCUUCGGUCGGGCAGCCGGGUUUUGGCCCCCCAGCGGCUUAA